AUGGAUAUGCCGCCGAUCAUGCACGAUAGUGACCGUUACGACUUCGUUCGUGAUAUCGGAUCCGGGAAUUUCGGUGUCGCCAGACUCAUGACUGAUAAACUCACCAAAGAGCUUGUUGCUGUCAAGUAUAUCGAACGCGGAGAUAAGAUUGAUGAAAAUGUGAAGAGAGAAAUAAUCAAUCACAGGUCUCUAAGACAUCCUAAUAUUAUCAGGUUUAAGGAGGUCAUUUUAACACCUACUCAUCUGGCCAUUGUAAUGGAAUAUGCAUCUGGAGGAGAAAUGUUUGAACGAAUCAGCAAAGCCGGGCGUUUUACGGAGGAUGAGGCCCGCUUUUUCUUUCAACAACUCAUAUCUGGGGUCAGCUAUUGUCAUUCAAUGCAAGUAUGUCAUCGAGAUCUGAAGUUGGAAAACACGUUGUUGGAUGGAGACCCAGCACUUCAUCUGAAGAUUUGUGAUUUUGGAUACUCCAAAUCUUCGGUGCUUCAUUCACAGCCAAAGUCAACUGUGGGAACUCCUGCUUAUAUUGCUCCAGAAGUACUUCUGAAGCAAGAGUAUGAUGGAAAGAUUGCCGAUGUCUGGUCAUGUGGUGUAACCUUAUACGUGAUGCUAGUGGGGUCAUAUCCUUUUGAAGAUCCCGAUAAUCCGAAGGAUUUCCGGAAGACAAUUCAGAGGGUUCUCAGUGUCCAGUAUUCUGUGCCAGACUUUGUUCAAAUAUCUCCUGAAUGUCGCGACAUUAUAUCAAGAAUCUUUGUUUUCGACCCUGCAGAGAGAAUCACCAUUCCAGAGAUAAUGAGAAAUGAAUGGUUUCGAAAGAAUCUUCCUGCUGACUUGGUGAAUGAAAAUAUAACGGAUAACCAAUUUGAAGAACCAGAUCAGCCUAUGCAGAGUAUGGAUACGAUCAUGCAGAUAAUUUCAGAAGCUACCGUACCAGCAGCUGGGAGCUUUUAUAUAGACCAUUUUAUGCCUGAUAACCCUGAUACGGAUGAGGAUAUGGGUGAAAUAGACUCUGACUAUGAACUUGAUGUAGAUAGCAGCGGUGAGAUUGUAUAUGCCAUAUAA